AUGCGCUCCCCCUCCCACGAUGGGGGCCACAGCCUCUGUGAGAAGAAGCAGCAGCAGCAACGGCAGCAGCUCCCCAGCAGCAGCCGAGAUGGGAGCAAAGGGGCAAGGCGGGGCGUCAGGAGCCGAGCGGGGGAAAGAGCAACGCCUCGACGGGCGCCUGUGCGGACUGGACACUGGAAACUGGGACACGAGAUCGGGAAGGGAUCCUUCGGUUCGGUGCACAUCGGGCUGAACGAAGACAGCGGGGAUUUGAUUGCUGUCAAAUUGCUGUCGCUCAAGAACGCUGACCAGGCGGAAGAGCUGUACACGGAGAUAGAGCUCAUGAGACAGCUGACGCACCCGAACAUCGUUUGCUACCUUGGCGCAGAGGUGAACGACAAGGAGAAAACGAUCUCGAUCUUUCAAGAAUGGGUUCCGGGUUCUGUUACAACCUUGCUGGUGAACUUCGGGCCAUUUUCCGAUCGAAGGAUAGCUGACUACACGAAGCAGAUCUUGCAGGGUCUCGUGUACCUGCACAGCGAACGGGUUAUCCAUCGUGACAUCAAGGGGGGCAACAUUUUGAUCGAUGAUCGCGGGGUUGUAAAAUUGUGCGAUUUCGGAGCUUCUAAGCUUCUUGAUGCGGACAGCUUCACGGGCUUGGGCGAACACACUCGAGUGGGCAGCCCACUUUUCAUGGCUCCAGAAAUAUUGCUACGGGAGGAAUAUGGGCCGCAAGUGGACAUUUGGUCGCUUGGUGGAGCUGUUCUCGAGAUGGCGACGGGCCAGCCGCCAUGGCACACGCUCAACCUCCGGACGCCGGUGGCCCUGAUCAACUGGGUGAAGCGGACGGAGGGGCCGCCGCCGCUACCGGACUCUCUGUCGCAGCCGCUCACCAAGUUCCUGCUGCGGUGCUUCGAGAGGAACCCCAGCAAACGGGCCACGGCGAAGGAGCUCCUCUCGGACCCGUUCGUUGCCAGGCGGCGCGGGGAGCGGGUGCUCGCGCCCAGGGGUUCGGCCGCGAGCGACGCGGACAGCGUGGUGAGCGACAUCGACAACCUGAGUCGCACGGCCGCCAUCGCCAGGAUCCGCCGCGCCUCCAUCUCGGACUACUCGCGGCCGAACUCGGACCAGUCGACGCGCUCGGCGCCAUCGCUGCGUACGCCCGGCUUCGCCAUGGGCACGCAGCCGGCCGGGGGAGCCGGUGGGGGCGGUGGUGUAGGCGGUGGUGGUGGUGGUGGUAGUGGUGGUGGCGAUGUAUUGCCGGAGCUGGCCAAGCAGGUAGCAGCCAAGCUGGGGGAUGGCUCCGCGGUGGGAGACGGAGACGGCGGAGCCUCGACACCAGCCCCGAUGGCGCACGCAGCAGCCCCAGGGCCAGCGGUGUUUCGCCGGCAGCAUUGGGAUCUUCUGCCGUGUCCCAAGACGGCGACCAAAAUGGCGGUCGGGGUAGGUCGGAGUGCGGAGCCGCUGCUGCUAGAACAGCAUCGGCCUUGGUCUCGGCGGCGACAGCUGUGGCAGUUGGUAGCGUGGGGAAGGACGGUCGCGAUGACGUGA